AUGAGCGACUACGGCACGUACGGCGGCUCUGACGAAGAGUACGCGUCCAUCAAAAAGUGCAACGCUCUGCUGGAAUCCGAUGCGGAUAACUUUGAAAACUGGGAGGGCCUGAUCAAAGCUUGCGAAACCUUCGAGGGGGGCUUGAAUCGCAACUCCAGCCCGCAAGCACUUGCUUGCUUUCGCGACGCCUACGACCGAUUUCUUUUCAAAUUCCCUCUGUUGUUCGGGUACUGGAAGAAGUAUGCCGACCUUGAAUUUAAUAUUGCCGGCCCCGAAUCAGCUCAGAUGGUUUAUGAGCGAGGCUGCGCCAGCAUCACACAUUCAGUAGACCUCUGGACAGAUUAUUGCUCCUUCACGAUGGAGACUACCCACGACCCACGCAUCGUGAGAGAACUGUUCGAACGAGGCUCGAGCUUUGUGGGCUUGGACUUUCUAGCCCACCCGUUUUGGGACAAGUACAUUGAAUAUGAGGAGCGCCAGGAUGCUCAGGAUCGAGUUUUUGCGAUUCAUGCGCGAAUCAUCCGAAUCCCAAUGCACCAAUAUGCACGAUACUAUGAACGGUUUCGUGGCCUGAUCCACUCUCAGCCGCUGGCUGCGGCUAUUGAUCAAGAUACGCUGAGCCGCUUUCAAUCAGAAGUUGCAGCCGAAGGUGGAUCAGCACGCCCGGAACUCGAAAUCGAGCGAGAUAUCCGUGCCAAGAUUGAUACGAUGUACUACGAGGUCUUUACAUUGACUCAAAACGAGGUCACUAAGCGAUGGACAUACGAGUCGGAGAUUAAGCGCCCCUACUUUCACGUCACUGAGCUGGAGCAAUCACAACUUGUGAAUUGGAGAAAAUACCUGGACUUUGAGGAAUCAGAGGGCGACUUUCAAAGAAUUGUGUGCCUUUACGAGCGAUGCUUGGUAACAUGCGCAUUCUACGACGAAUUUUGGUUCCGUUACGCAAGAUGGAUGACUGCGCAAGGUAACAAGGAUGAAGACGCACGCAAUAUUUACAUCCGCGCGUCUACAAUGUUUGUUCCGCUUAGCCGCCCUGGCAUUCGGAUGCAAUGGGCAUACUUUGAAGAAAGCACUGGGCGUGUCGAUGUGGCGUUGGAUAUCCACGCUUCAAUACUGAUACAGCUACCAAGCUGCUUGGAGGUUAUUGUAUCAUGGGCCAAUGUUCAGCGUCGACAGAACGGCGUAGAAGCCGCCUGCCAAGUAUUCAAAGACCAGCUUGACUCCCCCAACCUCGAUCUCUACACUAAGGGCGCCGUGGUUGGCGAGUGGGCUAACCUACUCCGAAACUCCCAAGGCUCUGCGGAAGAAAUCCGUGGCAUCUUCACGAAAAAUGUCCAGCAAUACUCGGAUAGUCGCAUCUUUUGGGAUAGAUGGUUUAACUUUGAGCUAGACCAGAGCGGCAGCGAUCAGAGCAAGAACAUGAAGCAUAUAUUCGACGAGAUGCGUUCGAAAAGCAGCCUCUCUUUGGCUACUAAGAAGGAGCUUGCCCAGAUUUACAUGUCGUACCUGGUUCAACAAGGUGGCAAGGACGCGAUGAAGCUCUUUAUCCAGGUGGACAGAGAGAUGUUUGGCCCAGCAUCAGUGUCAUUCAAAGCAUCAUCAAAUCCUAAGCAAAACGGGUCUUCAGCUGAGCUAGAUGAGGCAUCACGCCUGAAAGCCGAAACAAGAUACCUGGCCUUUUAUGAGGCGCAGGGCGAACCAGCCGCAGAUGCGCAGGGCCAAGUUGACUUCAACUAA